AUGGCCGAUUUCAGCAAGUCCAACUCUUCCGGGCCUGUAAACAGGAAACAGGCGUCAAUUCUGAGUUUCUUCAAGACACAGGAUGUCAAAGGAAAGAAGGUGACUGGCGCAGGGGGGGAGGUGCCCAAAGAAAGCAAAAUCGAUGCAGAUAAGAAUGGUGGAAAGGAACUGAACGCGGCGAUGAGUACGAUGGACAAAUUUGCAGCCAAUGUUGAGAUGAAGGAGGAGGGGGGAAACGAAGUAGAGCGAAGUUCCGAAACGGGUUCCACUGUAGCGAAGGACCCAAGUGAAGAUAAGCAAAAUGGAUGCAACACUGGAUUCUCCAAAUCGGAUUUAUUCUCCGAUGAUAAUGAAGAUGUCAACACAAACGCGGUUAAAAGUUUCGUGGGAAAGAACGAAAUCAAAAUGAAGGAGAGCUAUGACAAGGUAUAUGGAGAAAACAACGAGGAGUUGAGCACCGAUGAAGACAUCAUCGUGAGGAAGAAGAGAAAGAUUAUAAUGGAUUCAUCAAGUGAGGAUGUAUACGACGGAUCUAACGAGGUAAGUCAAGAUAAUGGAAAGCAUCCCAAAAGGAAGAUAGCCCCAGGAAGUGAAGGGGUUGGGGUGGAUGGGAAGUUAAGCAAUCUGGUUUAUGAGGCGAAUAAGUGUAUCAAGACGGAAGAAACACUAUUCACGAACGAGAAAAGUUCAAAGGAGAUUAUGAAUAUCAACCGUCGAAAGGGAGAAGAUGGAAAGAAGUCUCAGGAAUUGGAUACAUUAAGGAACAAAUUCCUAAGCAUGCCAAUAUGUUUGUCAAAUGAUAAAUUCAGGCUGUACAUAGAACAAUACUUCCUGUAUUGCAAUACCUUUGAAUUUCCAAAAUGGGUUCAGCCACAAUAUAUUCGUGAUUUGAACUUAAGGACCCCAGACAAUGCAGACUAUGAUAGCUCAACUAUUUGGACCCCCCCACAAGAUCAUCCAUGGGCAGUGGAGUACAAACAAGCUCACUACACUCCAGGAAUGCAACAGUUUUGGAAAAUAAAAUCGAAAAAUUUUGACAAAAUAAUAUUUUUUAAAAUGGGGAGAUUUUAUGAAAUAUUUUAUAUCGAUGCUUGUUUGAUGCAUACCAUAUGUGGAUUGAAUUGGAUGGGUGGAGAACAGAAGCCUCACUUGGGAUUUCCAGAACAAUCCCUACAUUUGUAUGCGAAGAAGGUUAUAAACAGUGGGCACAAGGUGGUUGUAAUUGAACAGAUGGAGACACCAAAGGAAUUGGAACAACGUAAUAAAGAAACCUGUGGUCCGAAGGAUAAAGCUAUUAAGAGAGAAAUUAAUGAAAUUUACACAAAGGGGACUAUUCUUCAUGAUAAUAUGCUCAGUUCAGAGACGAGGUACUUGAUCUGUUUUCAUUUUGAUGAUGUGGAAGAUUUAGAUGAUGGAGUGGUGGGUAUUUGUAAUGGAGGCGUAGGAAGUCUGCCAGGUUCUUCAUCUCAGAGUGAGCGUUCAAUCAGGAGCAAAUGCAAUUUUGGAUUCGUCGUAAGCGACAUUGCGACAUCCUACAUCGCUGUAGGGUACUGUAACGAUGAUGAGUCACGUAUCGAACUGAGAACAAUAUUGGCGCAACUAUGUCCGGCGGAAAUUUUAUACGCUUCGAAAAAUAUCAAUAAGGAGGUGUUGUCUAUUUUUAAAAAUAUUCCGGCUGAACCAGAGCUCACAGGUGUGAGUUCCUUUCCGAAUAUAAUUGCUUCUCUAGAUGAAAUAAGGAAAUAUUUUGAAACCAUUCCCCCAAGUUUAGAAAUGCAUAAAGAACAGAAUAGUGUGAUUUGUGCAUUUGGGGGGUUCAUUGUUUAUCUAAGAUCACUUUUAUUGGACAAGAAAAUUUUUCGUUUUUGCAAAAUCGAACAUUAUGAUCUUUUUAAGAGGGAGAAUUAUAUGGUUCUAGAUGCAACUGCAUUGAAACAUUUGGAAAUAUUGGAGACUCAAUCAGGGGAAACAAAAAACUCUCUUUUUGAUUACGUGAACAAAACAUGCACUAAUUUUGGAGCGAGAAAUAUGAGGCGUUGGAUCUGUAGCCCACUACUGGAUUGUACAAAGAUAAAUGAGCGACUAGACGUUGUAGAUUUUUUAAAAAAGAAUGAACAUAUUUUAUCACUAAUCAGAUUGAAACUAAAGAAGCUACCCGACAUAGAGAGACUGUUGAAUAAAAUUUGUAUACAAGCUUCUCAGAGCGAAAGGGGAGCUGUUUUCUUCGACAACAUAGUCAAUACCAAGUUGAAAGAAUUUAUGACAUUCCUAAACGCCUUCAAAGAAAUAGGAAGUAUGCUUAUCGAAAUUAACAGUAUUGAAAAAGACGAAGAGGAAUUGCCAAAGAGGCUUUUUGAAAUAAGUAACACCCCAGAUAGGAGAAGUUUAGUGAAAAAUAUACAAGGGAAUUACCCACAUAUAGAACAGAUAACCACAGAGUUUUUAAAAAAAAUCGAAUUCGAUGGGGAUAAGGAGUACAAACCGGCGGAAGGGUGUGAUGAAGCCAUUGAUCAGAUUAAUAAAAAAGAGAGGGAAGUGGAAAUUGAACUCAACAAUAUUUUAACAAGUAUGAAAAAAAAGAUGAAAAUUUCUUCACUGAAAUAUGUGCAUGCGAAAUAUAAGUACGAGGUGGAGUGCCCGGAGAAUGUUCCAAAAGUUUUUUUAAAGGAUGUAGAAAUAACGUCAGCUAAGAAAGGAUUCAUUCGUUUUCAAAAUGACGAAAUAAAACAAUGCGUUGAAAUGUUGGAGGAUAUAGUUCAGGAAAAGAAGGAUGCCAUUUAUCCGUUCUUUAAGAAAAUAUUUCACUUGUUCUAUGCUCAUUAUGAGAAAUACGUAUCUGCAUGCAGACUGGUAUCCGAGCUAGACUGUCUGCAGGCCUUUGCCUUCGUGGCGCUCAAUACAUCAUUCGUGCUCACACGCCCCAUUCUGCACCCGAUGCGCCCGAACGUAAACGUCGAAGACGGAAGCAUCGAGGACGGAAACGACGAGGACGGAAACGUCGAGAACGGCAACGACGAGAACGGCAACGACGACACUGGAGAGAUCAACCAAAGGAACAAGAGCACCGUAAGUGUAAUGGGGCGCAGCGCGGAUAGCCAUGGGAACGAACCCUUUCUCAUCCUCGAAAAUAAUAUUCACCCCGUGGUGGCCACGCUCAUGCCCAAUUUCAUCUCUAACAACAUAUACAUGGGUUGCAAACAGGAGAAUCAGUCAACGUUGCUCCUGACGGGUCCCAACAUGGGUGGAAAAAGCACCCUGCUAAGGCAAACGGCGAUAUCGGUUAUUCUAGCACAGAUAGGAGCCUUCGUUCCAUCUACCUACUGUGAGUUGACUGUAGUUGAUAAAAUUUUCACACGACUAGGAUCUAGUGAUAAUCUGUUCGAAGGGAAAAGUACCUUCCUCGUGGAGUUGGAAGAUAUUUCGAACAUGUUAAAGCAAAGCACAAAAUACAGUUUAGCCAUUCUGGACGAACUGGGUAGAGGAACCUCUUCCUUUGAUGGCACGGCUAUUGCUCUUUCGACGUUGGAACAAAUUUCGGAUGUCGUAAAAUGCAGGUGCAUAUUCUCCACACAUUACCAUCUCCUAGUCGAGGAAGUCAAACACAACAACAAUAUCUCAAACUAUCACAUGAGCCUAAGUAUAGAUGAUCAACAGGAAAAAAUUAUUUUCCUCUAUAAAUUUAUUAAGGGAGUUUGUCCAAAGUCCUUUGGUAUUCACAUUGCUAAGUUGGCUGGACUCCCCAAAGAAAUUAUCGACUUAGCACACGAGAAAUCUACCCUCUUUGAGAACGUAACGGAUGAAUUCUGCAAAAUUAUUAAGUACAAGAAUAUUGUGCGCUCCCUCCUCAGUGCCCCCGAUGACCAAAAAUUGGGUGCCCUCUUCCGCAAAUACCGAGCAGAGUUCACCUCCUGA